CAGAGCGCGGCUUGUCUGCGCGUCUCAGUGCGCCUGAGGUCGCUGUUCCGAGCGUCACCUCUGCUUCCUCUCUUUCGAUUUUGGAGUGAAAAUGGAGAAACACCGCACGGACUCACAAGUCAAAGGAGUCAGCACAGGGACCACCAUCCUGGCUGCCGUUUUUGAUGGAGGGGUCGUGAUUGGUUCAGAUUCCAGGGCUUCAAUUGGAGGGGAAUAUGUAGCAUCUAAGACCAUCAAUAAGGUGAUUCAGGUUCAUGACCGGAUCUUCUGCUGCAUCGCUGGUUCACUUGCAGACGCUCAGGCCGUCACCAAGGCUGCUAUAUUCCACCUGUCCUUCCACAGCAUCCAGAUGGAGACCCCUCCACUGGUGAUAGCAGCAGCAUCAGUGCUGAAGGAACUGUGUUACAAAAACAAAGAGGAGCUGCAGGCCGGCUUCAUCACAGCAGGCUGGGACAGGAAGAAAGGACCACAGGUGUACGUUGUGUCUCUAGGUGGGAUGUUGAUCAGUCAGCCUGUUACAAUCGGUGGCUCAGGCAGCACUUACAUCUACGGCUACAUUGACGCCAAAUACAAACCCAACAUGAGCAGAGAGGAAUGCCUGCAGUUUGCCACUAACGCUCUUGCUUUGGCCAUGGGCAGAGACAACGUCAGCGGGGGCGUGGCCCACCUGGUGGUGAUCACGGAAACGGGGGUGGAGCAUGUGGUUGUUCCUGGCAACAAGCUGCCCAAGUUCCAUGAUGAGUGACCAACUUCAAACCACCACUGGAAUUUAGAUUUUAUUUUUAAUUAUGGAAUAAUUAUUUGAAUUCCCUGUGAAACCGUUCCUCUCUGAUUUGCUCUGUUGGACAGAGAUGAAACCAGCAGCACAUAUGCACUCACCAAGAACAAGAGAGACAUUUGACAAAUGAGUUCAUGAAAAAUUUGUGAUCAUACGUAAUUUGUAAACUCUAGUUUUUGCCAUGCUGUGAAAUUCCAUUAUCAACUCCAUCAAACAAACUUGCCAUGGUCCAAAUCACGUUUUGUGUUGUUUUUUAACAUAAGGAAAUAUGUGGAAAAUGAAAAUAAAAAACUUUCCAAAACAU